AUGAGUUCUCGAAGCGGCUCCGCCGAUACCUUCACUCAACGAUCUGCUUCUACUCUCCGACCCCGCCGAUUGAUCUCGUUAGAUGAUUUUAGAGACGAUAAUGGGGGACACCCUUCGUCCUCCGGUCUCUCUACGAGACCAUCCUCAGAUUCACCGGCGCUUCGCUCCCGUGGCGCGACACCCUCCCCUCGACCGUCGCGGACCGUUUCUCCCAUCCCCAUGGGCCACCCUUCGCGAGCUACACAACCUCGCAGCGGCUCCCGGACCGGGAAUUCAUUAGGUGGGUCUACGCCCAAUGGAAAAUACCAGGAUCCGUUUGCUGAGUCGUCGCGGGCUGCUGUAGACUUCUUAGAUGCAUCAUGGUCAUCAUUGCAAGGUCUAGCGUCAUCGCUUUUAGGUAGUGAUACUGCGCCGCCGACAUCGAACGGAGCUCCGCGAUCCCAUGCCCGGAAACCGUCAAGACCCGAUUAUUUCACAAAGCCGCGAGCGCCGUCAGCUCCCACAUGGGGCCCCUCGGGGCCAACAACGCCAGAAAUCGGCACCGGGACUCAAGAAGAAAGACAAGCGAUGGUACAGGCGAAGAAGAUGGAAGCUUUACUACUGGCCGACACAGAUCCGAGCUGGAGUCUCAAUUCACGGCAUAAGCGGCGCGAUUCUAAUGACCGAGCAGAUCAGUCAGGAAUGGAUACGGACCAAGAUGAAGAGGCGCUGGUGUACGUACAUCAAGUCCAACCGACUGACACUAUCACUGGCGUCACGAUACGGUAUGGAUGUCAGGCGGCGGUCUUCAGGAAGGCCAACGGGUUCUGGCCCAGCGAUAGCGUACAGGGUCGGAAAACAGUCCUCCUGCCGGUCGACUGCUGUUCAGUCAAAGGGCGGCCUGUACAAGCCAGGGAGAACAUUGAUAUUUUGCAUGAAACCCCCAGUCGUCCGUCUAUAGAAGACCCAACCGGGAGUUCAAUCGUGCCUGCGCCCUCGCCUAGAACAUCCACUUUCUCAGAACAAACAAGUACUGAGCCGGAAUCUGAAAGUGACCAGAUGUGGAAACACGAGUCCUGGGUGCAGAUUGAUGGAUUUCCUGAACCUGUGGAGAUUGGCCGUGUUCCUCGGCGCGCGCUGGGCUUCUUUCCCCGCAGUCGACGGAAAUCACUUGGUUAUAGUGACGGCGAGCCUGUCCGAGGCCGGCUACAAACACCAACCAUAUCCGUUGCUUCUUCGCCUAUUGAUUCACUUUCUCCACCUAAUGAUAAUUCGAAUGACCGACUCCACAUGGGCUCGCCAGCGCCCCAUGGUCCUGGCAGUAAGACGAGGGGUAAGCAUAGACGCCGACCAAGCGGGCUUGAGCUUUCAGGGACUGGUGUUGGUACUCUUGACCGCAGUGUCAAUCUACCCGGGCCAGCGAUGGAUGGUCUCAGCAAGUUCUUCGCCCAACACAUGCCGAACUUGGCACCAAAACAAGCUCCGCCAAACUUUGACAGUCUCAGCGGAAAUUCAACGACCGCCGCCUCUAGCAAUUCCACCAGUCUUGAUAGCAUAGGCGGUGCCGUCGAAGGUUGGGUUAGGAAGAUGACUGCUCGAGCAAGAAGCAGCAUCAACGAUCUACAACAGGGGACUUCAAGCCCUCAGGACCAUGGCUUAAUAAACCCAGAACCCGGACGACGUGGGUUCGGCGAUCUUAUAGAACUUGACGAUGGAGUGGAAUCGCGGGAUUCGUCCGGUCUCCUGGCCGGACCAAGUUGGAAACCGAGCCUCAACCGAUCUGGCUCCAGUUAUACCAACGGAGCAAACCUGAGGGGGCGAUUCCCUAGCGCCUCGCCUAGUACGAGCAGGACUCGCACUGGGGUUAAGGACGAUUAG